AAUAUGGCUUCAAACCCAGAAACAUUGGAGCCACAUGGGAAACUACCAACCAAGGGACAAUGGACCACUGGACUCUAUGAUUGUUGGGAAGAUCCCUCUCAUUGUUGCUUCACAUGGUUUUGUCCAUGCAUCACCUUUGGGCAGAUUGCAGAGAUAGUCGAUGGAGGGACAAUACCAAAAAGUGCAGCGUGCUGCAUUUACACGCAUGGGAUGUCAUGGCUAAAUGGUGCGAUUUACAGAUCAAAAUUGAGAAGACUCUUCUCACUGCCUGAAGAACCUUAUUCUGAUUCAUUUGUUCAUUGUUGCUGCUGCGUUUGUUCCCUCACCCAAGAAUUCAGAGAACUCAUAAACCGUGGAAUUAAUCCUUCUCUUGGUUGGGAAGGUAAUGUUGAGAAGUGGAAGAGGGAGGGUGUAGAACCUCCAAUUGUUCCCACUAUGUCUCGUUGAUGAGAAGACUCACCAACCAAUUGUUAUCACCUCCUUGUGAAGUUGGAUUGUUGUGGGUUGUAUCUAUGACUUGAACGUAUUUACGUGUGUUUUUAUGAUUGAUAUAGCAAA